AUGGCUCAAUGUUUGGGUAAAGACGGACCAGGAAUGGCUGAAAAGAAGCGGAGACUUUCCCUCCCCUCCCCCACAGACUUAACCAUGUCUCAAGUGGAGAAAAAGGCGGGUCUGCUGAGGAGGACGUCCUCCUCUAAAAAACCUUUGAAGGAGAAGGUGGUUCUGAUGUACGAUGAGAUCUUUGCAAAAGAAGACCCAGCCAAAAAUAAUCCUCGCUUCUGGGACGAGCUGUUUCUGAUGAAGGUGAACCUGGAAUACCUGGAGUCCAAACUGGAGAGCGUAGAUGGGGAGGAAGUCCAGCGUAUUCAAGACAACAUCAACUCUCUGUUUCACCACUGCGUCCAGGCUCUGGGAGAGGAGCAUCAGAUCAAAGUGGUUAAUGCCCUGCAGACGCUCUGCGCUCUGUUUCGAGGGGUCCACCAGAAAAACAAGUCGGCCUCUGGCUUCGACAUCAUUAACAUGCUGAUGGGCUUCGACAAGGCCGAGCAAAGGAUGAAGGACCUGAUGGAGAGGCUGGAUUGCCUUCUUUGUGGAGACGGCUCCGAGAGUCUGAAGAGCCUUUGCCUCAAACUGCUGCUGUGUUUAGUGACGGUAACAGACAAUAUUAGCCAGAACACCAUCCUGGAGUAUGUGAUGAUCAACAGCAUCUUUGAAGCCAUCCUACAAAUUCUGUCGGAUGUUUCCAGUAGAGGGCAGCAUGGUUAUGAUGCAGUGGUUCUUCUGGCCCUCCUCGUCAACUACAGAAAAUAUGAGUCUGUGAAUCCGUAUAUUGUGAAACUCUCCAUUGUGGACGAUGAGCCAACAUUAGAUGGAAUGGGCAUGGUGGUCCACCAAGCCCUGACAGAAUAUAACAGACAAUACAAAGACAAAGAGGAGGAGCACCAGGGCGGCUUCUUCUCCACCCUCACCAGUAUGGUCGGCAGCAUGUUCAUAGCAGAUGCGGAUGAGAAGCUCUCUGUGCAGACAAAUGAGGCGAUUCUGCUGGCUCUCUAUGAGGCCGUGCACCUGAACAGAAACUUCAUCACCGUGUUAGCACAGAGCCACCCUGAGAUCGACAUCGCGGCGACGCCCGCCGUCCCGACUCCCACCACUCCCACGACUCCCCUCGGCACCACGCCGCCCUCCCUAGACAUGCUGAACAACCCCGAGCUGCCCUUGGAUCCCAACCUGCAGACCAGCAACCUGCUCAUUACCUUCCUAAAAUACGCCUCCAUUGUGAUGCAGGACACUAAAGACGAGCACCGACUGAACAGCGCCCGCCUGUGCCUGAUCAUCCUCACCUGCAUAGCUGAGGACCAGUAUGCCGAUGCCUUUCUUCACGAUGACAACAUGAACUUCAGAGUCAGCCUCCACAGGAUGCCCAUGAGACACAGGAAAAAAACUGUGGACAAAAAUAUUCCUUCUCGUCCGCUGGUGUGUGCGGUUUUAGCUCUCAUCAACCUGCUCAAGUUCCUGCUGUCCAACGAGACCACGCUGCUGGCCAAGCACAACAUCUUUCAUCUGGCCCUGCUGGUCGUGAACCUGUUCAACAUGUUCAUAACCUACGGAGACACGUUCCUGCCCACCUCCAACAGCUACGACGAGCUGUACUAUGAAAUAGUACGAAUGCACCAGGUGUUUGACAACCUCUACUGCAUGGUUUUGAGAGUAUCCACCAACACAGGCCAGUGGAAGGAGGCAGCCAGCAAAGUCACACACGCACUGGUUAACAUUCGGGCCAUCGUCAACCAUUUUAAUCCUAAAAUUGAGUCGUAUGCUGCUGUGAACCACAUCUCCCAGCUGUCAGAGGAACAGGUUUUGGAGGUGGUACGGUCCAACUACGACACGCUGACCCUCAAACUGCAGGACGGCCUGGACCAGUUUGAGAGGUACUCGGAGCAGCCAAAGGAGGCCGCUUUCUUCAAGGAGCUGGUGCGCUCCAUCAGCCUGAACGUGAGGAAGAACGUCUCUCUGAACACGCUGAGUCAGGACGUGCUGCUCAAAGAGUUCUCCACCAUCUCCUGAGACCCUCGCCUCCCUCAGGCCGACCUCUCUGUGCGUGUCAACACACACACAGACACACACGCGCGCGCAGACACACUAACCCGUUCGGCGGUUCGUCCCAUAAAUGGUCUCGACUCUUCGUCCUGUUUCCUGAGCAACGGGACGCUUUCUAAGGAAA